AUGGCCUCUCAGAUGAAGACUACGAUCCAGAAAUUGGGCCAGAGUAACGAGAAUUGCAACUUGCAAGUACAAUAUAAAGAGAGUACUAACGAUUCUUCACUCACUUAUCAGCUGGAGAUAAUUGGGGAAUAUCUAAAGUGA